ACACGUGCCUCGAAAAGGCUGCAGGAUACAUGCCCAAAUCCGGACUACCAGCUGAUCGGAAACAAGUCGAAAACAUGUGCAGGGCCUUCAAGGGCGGCAUGAGGUGCGUGGACGGCUAUACAGCGAAGUGCAUGACCGUCGAACAAAGAGCCAGCUUGGAGGAGCACCUGAAGGGGGCGAGAGCGACCUUGGCCUUUCUGUGUGAUGACCCGGUCUUCCAAAAAGAUUAUCUUUCUCACGGGCAAUGCAUUAUUGACGUGCGUGAUGACUGGGACAAAUGCCACAACCACUUCAAGUAUUUGGUCAACAGGGAGCACAUCAGAGCCAAUGUUACGCAGGCGAAGAGGGACCAUAACAUAUGCUGCAUCCGAGCGGGGUUCCUCUCCUGCGUCUACGGGAUGAGCUACCUCAAGUGCGGCAAGAGCGAGGCCGUUUUCCUGAAGAAGGUGACGGAGACCCUCUCCUACAGCGACGUCCACCAGGAGAAGUGCAGGAAAGUAAGCCUCAAGACCUGCUCUUCCGGUAAAUCUUCUUCUGGAGUCGGAGGUCUUGUUGCUCUGGGUAUUGUGAUAACGUUGGUCCUCGAUCGUUUUCCUUAAUGAGCGUGGGAGUUCGGUACAUCAAACCGAAUCACCGGCUCGAAGCGCUUUGGCGCGCCGCCACGGCGUACAGCCGCACGCCACAGAUCGAGCGGUUUGUUUUGACGCCUCACGGCGUGACCCGUCGGGGAGGAAAUUGCUACAGAAUAGGAGAGGGCUGUCUUUCUGUCUGUUUGUUUAUUUAUG